AAUAGCUAUAAAUACUAAUGUUUAGUUUCAAUGGAAAACAAAAAAAAAAUGUUGUUAAUUUUUUUUCUAGUGAUUUUAGUGUUGGGUUUGCCUGUAAAAGGCCAAUUGCAAAAUGGGUUUUAUUCUUCUUCUUGUCCAAAAGCUGAAUCCAUUGUUAGGUCUACUGUUGAAUCUCACUUCCAGAAAGAUCCAACCAUUGCUGCUGGAUUGCUCAGGCUUCAUUUUCAUGACUGUUUUGUUCAGGGUUGUGAUGGCUCUGUGUUAAUUACAGGGUCUUCUGCAGAGAGAAACGCAUUGCCAAAUUUAGGUUUAAGAGGAUUUGAAGUCAUUGAUGAUGCUAAAUCACAAUUAGAGGCCUUGUGCCCUAACGUUGUCUCUUGCGCUGAUAUACUAGCGUUAGCUGCUCGUGAUUCUGUGGAUUUGAGUGAUGGUCCAAGCUGGACAGUUCCAACAGGUAGAAGAGAUGGUAGGGUAUCUUCAUCAUCUGAAGCCUCUAAUUUACCGUCACCUCUUGAUUCUAUAGCCAUUCAAAAGCAAAAAUUUGCAGCUAAAGGCCUUGAUGAUCAUGACCUCGUCACCUUAGUAGGGGCGCAUACCAUAGGACAAACAGAUUGCCUGUUCUUUAGAUACAGGUUAUACAAUUUCACAACAACAGGAAAUGCAGACCCAACAAUAAAUCAAUCAUUUUUAGGACAACUUCAGGCCCUUUGUCCUAAAAAUGGAGAUGGCUCCAAAAGAGUUGCUUUAGACAAAGACAGCCAAUCUAAAUUUGAUGCAAGCUUUUUUAAGAAUGUAAGAGAUGGUAAUGGAGUUUUGGAGUCAGACCAGAGAUUAUGGGAUGAUGCCAUUACAAGAAGCAUUGUAAAAAAUUAUGCAGGGAAUAUAAGAGGGUUACUUGGGUUUAGAUUUGAUUUUGAGUUCACUAAAGCUAUGAUUAAAAUGAGUAGCAUUGAAGUCAAGACUGGAACCUCUGGAGAAGUCAGAAAGGUUUGCUCAAAGUUCAAUUAAUUAAUCUUAAAAUUGUAUGAUAAAUAAAUUAUUGUAUAUAUACAAAAUUAUUAAGUGUAAUAUAUAAUUAAUUUUAAGUGUUGGGCAGUAUUAUUAGAAUAAAUUAGUCUAAAUAAAGAGUUGUUUUAUUAAUUAUAGUAAUAGUAUAAUACCCUUUCGAGAAA